CGCUUGCGCCCCGUAACCGCGUGGCUGCUUUUCAAGCGGCCACCUGUGCACCCACCCUCUUCAUCCCCCAUCGAAAGCACCAUCGCGGCUUUCCCCGUAUAUAUAAAGGGAUCCACGGCAUCUCUACACUUCGCAUCAUUACUGCGGUAACGUGCGAUAGAGCUCACCGACGAUCCCUUACGACAUCGACUUUUUGUCAUCGCAUCGAUAGAUUAAAUUUAAUCUAUUAAAGAAGGAAAGAGAAGAAAUUCUCUUGGCGACCAAAUUCUUUUUCUUCCGAAGAGCUCGAAUCGGCGAACGUUCAUAAAAUCCAACAUGCGGGCUGAAUUGGGUCUAAGAACUAGCAUUCUUCUUGUCAUCUUUGGCAUCGUCUGCGCGAUGGAAAAUUAUGUGGAUUAUGGAGACGAAUCACCGGAUAAAUCGCCGGCUGAGAAUAUUCACGAGCUUUACAGACUCAUCCUACAACGGAACGCUUUAGAGAACGGCGGAUUUAAUGGUAUCCCAUUGGAACAUCUUAUGAUUCGUAAAUCCCAACGUUCACCAUCAUUGCGCUUACGAUUUGGACGUUCUGGUUCACCUCAUGUUCCGGCGGGCUUGCUCUCGAAGCCGAUGGCAGCUGUGGCGACUGGUUUCGAGGACAACAAUUAAUAAAGCAAAGGACGAAUCGAAUUAUUUUUCCUUUGCUAUGGAACGACGUCACUCUCUUAUAUUUCUCAUACAUAUUAGAUAAAGCGUAAGAAAACUUCUCUUGAAACCUACCCUUAUUAUAUUAACGACGAUAGGAAAGUUAAAAAAAAAAGAUUUAUUGUCACCAUUUGUCCGUAAUCGAUAGUUAUCUCUAAAGAUUCCUCUGUUUCUUCUUCGUAACAGCGAUGUUCUAUUCUAUCUAAAGAAGAAAAAAAAAAAACAAAAUAGGAAAAAAAAAUAUCAAACAAAAAAAAAGACAUCAAGAGAAAUGUAUAUCAAUAAUAUCAAGAGGAUCACUCGAAAAUAUGAUAACCAACCCCUCCUAUAUAAUUAAUUAUCUAAUUUAUUUGUAUAAAUGGUGAGCCAUAGAAAAUAAUAUAAUUCGUGUAACAAAACCUUGAAUCGACAUAUGAAAUGCGUUUUAUGGCAUAUUAUAUCCAUUUUCUAUUUGUCGAUUAAACGAUUAAUAUCGUAGCUUUCCAUUAGAUAAGAGGAUUGUCGUUAACUACGUAGAAACCUACAUACAUACAUUGUCUUGUGUAACUUUAUAUACCUAAUCGUUACGAUCUGCUGCUCGUUUUCAUGCUGAAAGCUAAAAUAGUGAUCUCAUAUCGUUAUAGUGAAAAAAGGCGUCUGGCCUAAAUACCUCUCAAUUUUUGAUAAAUUUGUUUUAUUCUUUCUUCCUUUUUUUUUUAAUUAUUAAUUACUUUUCCCUUUGCAAUUCGAAAAUAAAAUAAAAAGGAAUCUUCUUUUCGGAAAUUCCCAUUCCGUUGGAACGUUUCACAUAACAAAUUCGAUGUAUAUUCUUCAAGAACGUCCAUUAAAUGAGUAUGAAUAAAAAAAAAAAAGAAAAAAAAUAUAUAUAUAUACGUAUAUAUGUGCCAAAAAAAAAAAGGAAAGAAAAAUGUGUAUGAAUAGAAAAAAAAAUCAAUAAAGUUACGUAGGUAUUUGAUUUUAUUACAAAAGCAGCAGCCAGGUUUUCGUAAUACAUUACGUUUAUUUAUUUAUUUAUUUUCUUCAAAAAACAAAUAUACAUAAAUUACAUAGCGACGUCUUUAUCCAGAUUAUACAAUAUGCUUGAGUAAUUAUAUAUCUAUUAUUAAAAUAAUCAUUCGUCAAAGAUAAUUAUUAUCUAUUCUAUACGAUAAAUAAAGAAGUUGAGAAAAGAAUGACAAAAAAAUGAAGAAAAA